UGACUGUAAGCGAAAGAGAAAAGGGUAAGAGAGAGAGACGUGUUUGGUUUUACUUUCACUUUUCAGAGCUGACUCACUCAGGCGUAAAAGCCCACGGACAAAAGCCACAAAUACACAACUGAAUUUACACAAGAACUAAUAACACACAGCACCAACAUGGCUUUCAAAUACCCAGAAGCGCGGAGAGAUGACAGUAAGGUGAAUGAUUAUCAUGGAGUGAAGGUCCCAGAUCCAUACCACUGGCUGGAGGACCCUGACAGCGAGGAGACCAAGAUGUUUGUCGAAGAACAAAACAAGUUGACCAUGCCGUUCCUGGAACAGUGUGCAGUCAAAGAACAGUUCCACCAGCGCCUUACCGAGCUAUACAACUACCCCAAAUACAGCUGCCCCUACAAGAGAGGAAAGAGAUAUUUCUAUUUCCACAAUGAGGGUUUGCAGAACCAGGACGUGCUUUAUGUGCAGGAUUCUUUAAACAGUCCCGCGUCUGUCUUCUUUGACCCAAACACACUUUCAGAGGACGGAACCGUGGCUCUAAAGAUGGGUCGCCUGUCAGAGGAAUGCGAGUAUUUUGCCUAUGGUCUGAGCAGUGCAGGUUCUGAUUGGGUCACUGUACGUUUCCUGAAAUGUGAUGAUCUCACCCAGCUGCCUGAUGUUCUGGAGAGGGUGAAGUUCAGCUGCCUGGCCUGGACCCAUGAUGCCAAAGGCAUCUUUUACAACUGCUACCCUCGCCAAGGUGGCAAAGCAGAUGGUACUGAGACCACAACAAACCUAAACCAGAAACUUUACUACCAUGUGAUUGGCACCAGCCAAUCAGAAGACAUCCUGGUGGCAGAAUUUCCUGAAAACCCCAAAUGGCACAGCAGCCUUACAAUUUCUGAUGAUGGUAGGUUUGCAGUUUUGUCAAUCACUGAGGGAUGCGAGCCGGUGAACCGUCUGUGGUACUGCGACCUGCAGCAGCUGCCCAAUGGCAUCACAGGUUUGCUGCCAUGGGUGAAGCUGGUUGAUACGUUUGAAGCUAAAUAUACCUACAUCACAAAUGAGGACACUGUCUUCACUUUACGCACCAACCUGGACGCUCCGCGGUACCGCCUCAUUAACAUAGAUCUGCAGAAACCGGACCAGACACACUGGAGAUCCCUCAUCUCCCAGCACGAGAAAGAUGUCCUGGGCUUUGUGGAGUGUGUGAACCAGCGCUACCUGCUGGUGAAUUACCUGCAUGACGUGAAGGACAUCUUACAACUCUAUGAGCUGCACUCUGGGAAGCUGAUCCGAGAUCUGCCGUUAGACGUGGGCACUGUGGUCGGUCUGAGCUGCAAAAAGAAGCACCCUGAUUUUUUCUACAAGUUCACAUCAUUUACUACACCAGGAAUAAUCUACCACUGUGACCUGAGUCAGUCCAACCCUGAGCCCACAGUCUUCCGUCAGGUGGAAGUGAAAGGCUUCCAGCCGAGCGACUACCAGACGACUCAGGUGUUUUACCCCAGUAAAGAUGGUACAAAGAUACCAAUGUUCCUCGUACAUGCACGUGGCAUUAAAAAAGAUGGCUCUCAUCCAGUCUUUCUCUAUGGUUACGGAGGAUUCGAGAACUCCAUUCAACCAUACUACAAUACAGCCUACCUGCUUUUCAUAAGACACUUGGGUGGCAUCCUGGCUGUAGCAAACAUCAGAGGAGGAGGAGAAUACGGCCAAACCUGGCAUAAAGCUGGAAACCUUGGAAACAAACAGAACUGCUUUGAUGACUUCCAGUGUGCCUCGGAGUACCUGAUCCGCGAGGGCUACAGCACCGCCAACCGGCUCGCCAUCAAUGGAGCGUCCAACGGCGGCCUGCUUGUGGCGGCAUGUGUGAACCAGCGGCCCGAGCUGUUCGGCUGUGCAGUGGCUGAGGUCGGGGUCAUGGACAUGCUCAAGUUUCACAAGUUUACCAUCGGUCACGCCUGGACGACUGACUACGGCUGUGCGGAUGACCCUGAACAGUUUAAGUGGCUCAUAAAGUACUCUCCCCUCCACAACCUUCCUCAGGCCCCUCGGGAUGGGCCGCCGUACCCCCCCAUGCUGCUCCUGACAGCCGAUCACGAUGACCGCGUGGUCCCCCUGCACACUUUGAAGUAUGUAGCCACCCUGCAGUAUGGAGUGGGCUGCAGCCCCGGCCAGACUCAGCCCCUGUUUGUCAGAGUGGACACUCGCAGUGGACACGGUGCAGGGAAACCCACAGCAAAAGCCAUCCUGGAGGACACACACAUAUUCUCUUUUAUAGCCCAGACCCUGGGCCUGAGCUGGAAACCAUGAGAGUGGAAUUAAUAAUGUCUCCUUUUGAUGGUCGGUAAUCAUUUGUGACCAUGUGUGUUACUGUUUUUAACUCUGUUUUUUGCACAUUGUGCCUUAUAAUACGGGUCACCCCGAUGAUAAAUCAUUUCUUGUUUCAAUCAAUUUACUCUUAAAUUACAGGUGUAAAAUAAAUAGUUUGGCAUUUGCACUGUAAUACUUAAAACAACCACUAAGGGGCAGUAAAGGACUGAAACAGCUCCACCAACUUGUCUGGAUAAAAACAUACUGUACAGAGCCAUCAGGGAGAAAAAUGAAAAUAUUGUAUUCCAGAGUGAUUUGAUAAAGAAAAUUCACUAAGAUCCUAUAUAGUACACCCAGGGCAGAGGGAGCCUGCUCAAAAUAUUUAACCGGAAUCCCAUGAAUUAAAAUAACAGCCUUACAGUUGAUACAAUACCCCCAAAAACCAUAAACUAAAAACCAAGCAAAAUAUUUUUACAACAAAUUUGUCACCUUUUCAUAAUUUCAAAAUUAAAGAUUUUUUCUAGUUGUCAGAUGUAGUGGACUUGACUUGUAAACUAAAAUGAAACUGAUUUAAUACAUCCUCAAAAAUUCACCCUAUAGGACCAGUUUCAGAAAUGUAAAGUCCAGAAACAGCAACAAAAAGCACUAAUAAUACAUAAUAAAUUCAAGUUAAAUUUCCGCACUGUCUGAUGCUAUUAAAUUCAAUGAAGUGUGGGUCAUUGAAACUUACAGACUGUUGCCAUAAUAACUGCGAGGCGCGGUCAUUAGCUCAUCAUGAUGAAGAAAUGAAUUCUGAUUUGAGAUCACUUCAGAUUUAACCCUCUGGAACAAACUGAAUUCUGAUGACAGCAGGAUGGCUUGAAAUAAAGACGAUUACAUUCGGCUGUUAAAUUACAAGGGGCUAGAGAACAUUACAUGGGAUUUAAAAAAGUAUGUCUUCCACAAUGCAAUAUCAAUGUUACUCUAACAUAAUUACAAUAGUGAUAAUACGUAAUUAUAAGCGGUUUCUUAUAAUUGCAUAUAUGCAUGUUGUUCAUUACCAGUGCUCAGCAUUUACUGUAAUUACACUUUAAAUUUAAUACCGUAGUGUAAAGUGUGACCUAAAUUUAAGGGUAAGUGGCUUUGGGGAGUUCAAGGCACCAAAUGAUAGGAGGAAAAUAGUGAAGAAACUGAGUUAAAAUAGGUGACACAGCCCUUGUGUUCAUCUGUGGUCACAGGAAUUUUAAUCUGGGUUUGCCCAAAACCUGAGAAAUAAUCUGAUGAUGUGUGACAGCCUCUGAACAGAGCAGAACAGCUUGAACAGAUGACCCCAGACGGGAUGACUCAAAGGAGAGUUUCAGAUGAAUGCGUAUGCAAAGAAUUCAAGAGUUGAUAUCUGACUGAAGUUGACAGUCAAACUUUGUCUUAAAGGGACAGUCCACCCAGAAAUUAAAUAAAAAAAAUACUCACCCUUGUUUCUCUCGAAACCACCGUUCUGUU